AUGCACCCUUGUAAAAAUGGCGUACAGAUCAGAACUGGAGUUUGGUCAGUCGCCGCCUCGAAUGAUUGGACAGGGACCAAUCGUGGUUUAUCUCGCGUCUCGUCUGCUGUGCUCUCACAGACAAAGCCUCAAGAGCAAGCCGUCUCAUGA